AUUAAAAGGGAGAAAUAUUCUACAUUAGGUAGAACUUUGGCUGCGCUUCUCUGCUCCCUAUCUGUGUGAUGCUUUCAUCUGGUACAGUGGGGUGGGCUACUGUGGGGAGCUCUAGUAGCUGGCUCAAUUUAUUCAUUUUGGAAAUAUUUAUAGUGUCUGUUCUGUGUAUGAUACACUGGGGAAGUGGGGGGAGGGGUGCACAAAAGCGUCUGCCAUCAAAUAGAGACUAAAAUAUUUCCAUAUGAAAAGUUAUAAUAAAAUAGGAGAACCUGGAUAUGAUUUGGUAGCAAAUGAGUCAUAGGGAUAACUGCUUUCAGAGUCCAAACAUGAAUGAAAACUGAAAAAGAGAGCACUUCAUUUUUACCUAUACAUUUCUAAGUAUGUGUUGAUUUGUUUGAAAAUACUUGUAUAAAAUGCAAAAUAUUACCAGUGCUCUCCAUACUGCCUCCUCUCUCUUAGUGCCACUUGUUCUGCCUCAUGUGUGCACCAUUUCCCCACUAGCUAAUAUGCUACUUAAAGCAGUUGUAUGUGUUAAUCACUAACCUGUGGCUCACACUAUGUAAUGCUUUGCUCACGGUAGGUAUUCAGUUAAUACGGAUGAGUGAAGGAGCAUGUGAAAAAUAUAUAAUUGUGCUAAAGUUGGUGUCAACCUAUAGGAAACCUAUAGCAGUCUAGUGAAUCAGGCUCCAUCAGAAAGGACUUGGUGGGGCUUGGUUGGAAUGAAAAGCCUAUAGCCUGCCUUUGUUUAAAAUGGGGAUUUUUAUAUUUGAGGGCAUGAAGGCUGUUUGCAAGAUUUAUUAAAACUUGAGUAUAUGGAAUAUAGGCAUUUUGUGGUACAGGCUUCGGAAGCUAUAUAAGAACAUUUUGACUGAUUUUUAAUUUUUGUUCUUAUAUCCCUCUCCAACCCCCCUCACAAGAAAAGAUGAUUUUUAAUAAGCAAUAUGAAUGAAAUAUGUUCAUUAUAGAAAAAUAUAUGACCAUAAAGAAUAUACAGAAUGUUUCUAAUAUGUUUUAUUUAGAGAUAAUUGUUGUCCAUAUUUUGGUAGAUAACCUUUGGAGUCUUUCCACCUGUGUAUGAGCACAUGCCAUGUGUAUUUUGUAUAAAAAUUGAGUCAUAGUUGAGUUACUAUUUUAUAAGUAGUUAUUUUCAGUUACAUUUUAGGAAUAUGGUUUUAUAAUAGUAGGUACAUUUUUGAUGAAAGAAAAUAAGUGCCUAUCCUUAUCUCCUUUUAUGAAACAGCCAUUAAUAAUAGUUCUUUUUAUAUACUAUAUUUUAAUAGUUAUAUUACUUUUAUUGUUCAAGUUUGGAGAGUGUAUAUUGAAUGCCCACUGUGAAAGGUAAGGAAUUUUGUGCACAUCCACCAUGCCCUCCCUUUUUUAUUGCUAAUGUAUUUGUAGUUUUUUUAGUAGAUGCCUUUAUUACUUUAAAUAACAUAUUUUUCUGUCUUUAUUUACCAACUUUAGAUAAUAUCUGCUAACUCCCUGUAAUUAAAGAUGAAGAAAAUAAGCAUACAUUUUCCCUGCUAUCCUCUGGCCUUCUGAUUUUUAUUAAAUUACUAUUACUUUUAAUAUUACAUUCAAGUGAUAGAAUUCUGUGCAAUUAUUAAGAGGAAUGUAGAACUAUAUACAUCGAUCUAAUAAGAUCCACAUGAUAGUGAUAAAAAUCAGGUUACAAACAGUGUGAUCCCACUAUUUUGAAAAACUACGGGUGAGUAUAAGUAUGCACACAGAUAUUCAUAGAGGCUAUCUCUGAGAGCUUGGUAUAUAAGGAUUUUCACCUGGUAUUUUCAACACUUUUAUGUUGUCUGAAGUCUUUAUAGUGAGUACAUAUUAAUUUGUCGUUAGCAAAAGUUAUUUUUUUAAGAAUCAGGAAUAGGGAUUCAAUAGAUUAUUGCUAUUUUAGGGGCCUUUUUGUUUUUAACUUUUCUGCUUCAUUCACUGAAUUUAUUUUUUAAGUUUUUGUCAAAAUAAUGCACAUAGUGCAAGAAAUUAAAUGGUAUUUGGUGACAAAUACAGCUUCUAAAAAAAGGAGCUCUUCUCUGCUCUACUUCUCUCCGACUUAGUGGCUUUUUCCCCAGCAGAGUGUCACCUGUAUUGGUUGUUUCUCUUGGUAUUUUCUACAACCGUAUUUCUUAGACUUUCUAUUGUGAUAAAUGGCUUGACUUGGACUUCCUAUUAUGGUAGAUAAGGAUUUAGCUCUAUAGCACCUUCCUUUUUGCAUCCUUGCAGUAACAAUUUAUUAAAUUCUUAUAAAGUUUUAUACAUUACUAUGACAAAUAUUGUUUACUAUUGAAUAAGGACACAACUUCCUACAGGUACCUUUAUGUGGGUUCAGUUGGAAUCUAGCUUUAGCCUGAUCCUGCGACUAGCUCUGGAGCAUGAAAGGCACUGUGGCUGGUAGAAUAAUGGCUCCUCAAAGAUCUUCACAUCCUAAUCCCCUGAACCUGUGAAUACAUUAGGCUAUAUGGCAAAGGAGAAUAAAGGUUGCAAAUGCAAUUAAAGUUGCUACUCAACCAACCUCAAAGAGAUUAUUCUGGAGUAUCCUAGUGGGCCCAAUGUAAUCACAAGAGUCCUUAAAAGAAAAAGAGUGAGGCAGAAGAGAAUGUCAAAGAGGGAGAUUUGACUAUGGAAGAACGUUCAGACAGAUGCUAUGUUGUGGCUUUGAAGAUGGAGGAAGGAGGCCAUGAGCCAAGGAUUGCUGAUGGCCUCUUGAAGCUAGAAACAGCAAGAACACGGACUCUGUCCUGUUGCCUCCAGAGAGGAACACAGCCCUGCUGACAACUUGAUCUUAGCCCGGUGACACCCAUGUUGGACUUCUUACCUCCACACCUAUAAGGUGGGAAAGCAGAAGUUUCACAAAUCUCAACAUUGGGGCUUUUGCAACAAUGUUGGUAUGCUGAUGAGUGAAAGUAAACCAGGAAUAGGUGGAGAACUGCUUUCCUGGCAAAAGCUGGAGCCUAAAUACACUGUAUUUCCUCAAGAAAUGGGAAGUGAGGCACCAUCCUGGGUAGCUUUUGAUAAACAGGUAUUGUCUUUUGAUGCGUAUGUGGAAGAUGAAGUGCCUGAUAAACGUCAAGAAAACUAUAGAAUAAGACGCUAUAAAAUCUUAUUCUACCUUGAAGAUGACACAAUUCAAGUCAAUGAACCAGAGGUGAAAAAUAGCGGACUGCUUCAAGGGACUUUUAUCCAUCGUCAUCGGAUUCCUCUUCCACCUCCUGAUGAAAAUGAGUUUUAUACUGCGUGUCAUUUCAAUAUCAACAUAGACGUUGUCUUUUAUGGCCGAACAUUCAGGAUUUAUGACUGUGAUGCAUUCACAAAAAACUUUUUGAAGAAAAUGGGAGUCAAAUUAAGCCCUCCAGGACAGUGUCCAGAAGAUCCUUACCUGAAGAUAUGGAGAAAGAACCUGGACAAUAUAAUGGACGUAUAUCCCCAUGAGUCCUCCAACACCCUGAAACAGUUCCUCGAAUAUGAUAGGAAGGUUUUGCGUUUUUUCUGCUUGUGGGACGACUCAACCUCAUUGUUUGGGGACCGCAGAGAACUCGUUUUGCGUUACUUUCUGUCUGAUGAUACUAUCGAAGUCAGAGAAUUGCUGCCACACAACUCAGGCCGCAGUGGUAUGCCGUUUUUCCUCCGGAGGAGAAAGCUGCCCAAGUAUGGCCCGCCUGGAGUCUAUCAACCAGGCAAGGUGGCAGAUCAAGCAGUUCUCAAUGUGUAUGGGGGCCGCCUGACAGUGAGCCAACUGCGUGGCUACCUGUUGGAUAAAUGCAAGCUAGGAAAAUUAGAACAAGAAUUUUACAAAGACAGUGACCUGUCCUUAGGAACCACCAUCAAUGUGUGGGGAAGGAAAGUGCUCCUUUGUGACUGUGAUGAAUUUACGAAGACUUACUAUAAGAAUAAAUAUGGAAUUGAGAACUUUACCUCGAUUUCAUGCAAGGCUCCACCUCCUCCAAAAAUAGAAAGGAAAUUUCCACCUUACACCGGCUUUGGUUCUGAAGAGGAUUCUCUCUGCUCUUGUAUAAGCCUCCUGCCCAAAUGUCCUCGUCAGAAUAACAUCAGGAAAUUCUUGGAAAAAGACAGCUAUGGCGACGAAAGCAAUAUACUCCGGUUCUUAGCAAAACUAAUCACAAGCCAAUAUGCCAGCUUGGACAGGCUGUUUAUUAUUUCAUAUUUUCUCAGUGAUGACACGAUUUCGGUGUUUGAGCCCACAGAUAAGAAUUCAGUUUCAGGUCUACAGAAGUUCCUUAAAAGAAUGCGUGUUAAGAAGCAUGGACAAAAAGUCUUUAAAAGUGAACCAUCAGAAUAUAUCAAGGUCCAGGACCUGUAUAUUGGAGCCCAAGUGAUUGUGAAUGGCUAUAUGUUUCUCUUACUCAGUGCUGAUGAGUACACCUUACAAUUCAUGGAGAAAAAUGCAGAUGAGUUUCCUUUGAGCAAACUUGAACUUGUCCUAGAAAAGCUGAAAGAAAAACCAUUAAAUUCCAGAGACAUCAUGCUGGUAUUUAGGGCUGCUGACCCUGGGGACACAAAGAAGAUGGAUUAUAAUACAUUCAGAGACAUAGUGAUGACUAUCGCUGCUGGAAAACUCAUAGAACAAGAAUUUGUAACCAUUGCACGUCACUACAGGGUGCCCGAUGACCCUUGUCUAGACAUGAAUGUCCUUAUUGCAAUGGCCCAUGAACAGCUCAAGAAAAAUAAUUUUGAGAGUUUUGAAAGACUCAUUUAUAGAUGUGUAUACCAAGAUCGAGAAAAAAAAAAUGUAUUGCCCAGCAAAGACAUCAGAAGACUGUGCAAGUCCUGCAGGUUACCUUUGAUUGAUGAUCUUCUAGGAUCCUUACUGUCCAUGUUUGAAGACAGUGAAGAACAAAUCAAUUAUGAGUCAUUUUUCUGUGCCCUGAACUGGAGAAUAAAUCCAGUGCCCGAACUGGUAGAAACGUCGCCUUUGAAAGAGAGAUAUGACGAUGUGUCAGUCGGGAUGCCAUCACUUAUUCCUUUGAAAUACAUUGACUAUUUAAAAUUUUUCAAUGACGUAUAUGGCAUAGAGGAGCAGUAACAUGCCAGUUUCACUCAAUUCCCUUUGAUUUUCUGCUCUAAUUUUGCCAAGUUUCUUUCAGGAGAUAUAAUUUCAUUAAAAACAAAAAAGAAUCACGGCUGAUAUUGAAUUGAAAUCCAUAAACUACAAUUAAUCUCCUUUUGUCAUUUUAGUUUUUCAUAACAUGAUAUUAUAUUGCCGAUGUACCAGCACUAAUAAAAAUGUCAU